CACAAAAUGGCCGAUAAUCCUGUUGUGGUGUGAUCUGACAAAUUGAAUUAUUUAUAAUCCCUUCGCCACUAUAGUUUCGUAUGUUGUUGUUUUGAGUGCGUAAUUGGUUUGCGUUGUGAACCAAAAUGUAUUUUAAAUUCAUAGCUUUAGUUUUCGCUGCUACCAGUGCUGUCUUUGUGUCUGGCCACUCCUAUGAAGAUAAUCGAUGUAAAUGUGUUUGCCCAAGCCCAGCUGCUGUCCUCAACAACACAGCUGGAGCUGAUCGGAGCCCUUUCAUGAAAUCUGCCAAUGUACCACCUAAUAAAUGCAACUGCGAAUCCGUGAUUCUGCCACGUGUAGCUGAUCAGAUCAAAGGUCGGGAGCAAGAGUUCUGUCCACGCUGUGAAUGCAAGUACGAAAACAGGAAUACUACUAUCAUCAAGGUGGUAGUGAUCAUAGUGAUAUGGGUGAUUAUGCUGCUUGUGGUGUACAUGGGCUUCCUUAUCUGCCUCGACCCACUCAUCAACAAACGCGCCAAGGCAUCCUACCAAGAACACACCAAUGAAGAUGACGAGAGCACGCUCGGCGGGCCUUCACAGCAAAUGGGAGCGCGUGGCAACGUUCUCAACAGGGUGACGCACCAGCAAGACAAGUGGAAGCGCCAAGUUCGUGAGCAGCGCCGCAACAUCUACGACAGGCAUACGAUGCUGAACUAGGACUCGCUUCAUACCUCAUCCGUGGCGUAGCUAUACUAAGGUAAAUCUUUACCGGGGCCCCGGAUUUUUAAAGUAGGUAGACAACUACCCGUAUAUAUAUG